GACUACUAGAGUGCUCAGACUUCAGUAGUUGGUCUCCAACUGCUGUGGCCAUCUUUUGUGUUUAGUGCCAAGAAAGAAAAAGAUAAUUUCAUAUUCAUUGAAAGGUUCUCCAUUCCAGGCUCCACUGUAAAGGUAUCAAUUAACAACCACUGAAUACCUGUUCUGUUAGUUGGAGACCUGGACCAAGAGAAGCCUUUUUUUUUCCUACAUGGAAACCCUUGAGGAGAAAGCCAUGGGAGGGAUACAUCGAACCUUGCUGUGCCAAGGCCCCGUGGAACUCAGAAGAGGCUGGAGAAGGAAGAAACAACAUCUCUCCUUGUUCAGUGAUGUUUUGAUUGUAUCUAAUAACCUGUGUAAGAGAAAUUUUAAGAUGAAAUAUGUCAUCCCACUGAGUUAUCCGUGGAUGGGUGACUAUGUGGAUGUAGUCGGGACAGACAACAGCUCUGCUUGCAUGUCGAUUCUCCUGUCCUGGCCCAUGGGAAAUUUUGUGGCUACUUUUCGUUCCAUGGAACAGAAAGAUUGGUGGUAUUUUUACCUCCAAAGAUCCAUUAAUGAAGCCACAAAGGGCUACAGGAAGCAUGUUAAACUCCCGAUAUUCACCGAGGACAUCCCAAGCUGUGCCAGUCCUUUAUAUGUAACAACAACAGACCUGGAAACAGGGAAUGAUGUUAUGAAGAAGUUACUACCUACGAUAGGAAUGCCUAGUGCUCAAUAUUACCAACUAUGGUUCUGUUGUGGCCUCCAAGAAGCCCCAAGCCUACUCCAAAAGCAUGAGCAUCCCUAUGACAUCAUCAUGAGAAACAUUCAAAGUAACGUCAGUCAACGACGACGACGGAAAUCAAGGAAGUGCACAGCUUUUCCUGCCCUGCCUGGGCUGUAUGUGGAACAACCAGAUCUACAGGGGCGAUUCAUCCUAAAGCCCACAGACCCAGCAGGAAGCCAGAAGCAGAGCAAUACAGAGGAGCCAACAGUUAAGAGAAGAUGGCCUUUCAUAUCCUGGUUGUUCCACAAGGGCUCUGUACCUCACCAGGACCAAGUGUGCACAGCCCUGCCAGUUGUGAAGACAGGAAAACUCUUCGGAAAAGAUCUGACUGCCAUUUGUGAGGAUGGCAAUCUACCCACAGCAAUUCUGGUAGGUCUCAUAUGGUUCUUCUCUGGCUGCCCUGAGGACAAAAUCUUGCUUCUCCUAAAUACCUCCCCCCUUCGAUUCUAUCAUCAAGUGGAGAAGCAAGUGUGCAUCAAAUCAUUGGCUUAAGAAUAGGAAGGUAAGAGAGGGCUAUUCACCACAAACGGUGUACUGGAAAAGUUGGAUUAAAUCACUUUACUGUAGUGGAAAAUCUGAUUACAAAUAAACAAUGCCUGAGGUCUCAGGGUUAACAUUAGGGUGGGAUGGGUACAAAAGGAGAUAGAAGCAACAAAACCAGGUCAAGGUCCUCUUCGUCCACGCCAGCUCUGGCAUUGCACCUGCGCACACCAUUAGCCUGGUUCUCAAGAAGAAGGGACACCUGCUCUGUGCUGCCAGUGGAGUGACAGGUGUUUCUCUUUCUUUUCUCAGGACAUACUAUCCUUUAUUGGUGUAAGGGGGCCAAUCACUGAAGGUAUCUU